AUGGAUACUCCCACCUGCAGCAAGGUGCACGAUUACAUGUACGGAGAAACCCUCGGAGAGAGCACCUUUGGACAGGUGAUCAGAGGUCUGGUUCGAAAAACGGGAGAGCACGUUGCAAUCAAGAUAAUGAACAAGAACGAUCUUAAAAAAAGAGGAUUGACUGAGAUGUUCCGGAACGAGGUGGCGAUCCUGGAGCAAUUGAACGAUAAGUCUGUGCUGCGCCUCAUCGACCACUUUGAAGACACCAAGAACCUCUACAUAGUGACUCAAUUGGCCCAUGGAGGCGAGUUAUUUGACGAAAUUAUCUCUAGAUCCAGGUUCACAGAACCUGAUUCCAGGGAGGCCAUCCGGCAGAUAUUACACAGCGUGGAGUAUCUGCAUGAUCUGGGUAUAGCCCACCGCGACAUCAAGCCCGAGAACAUCCUGUAUGUAUCAGCCGAGGAGAACUCUGAAUUGAUUCUGGCAGAUUUUGGAAUUGCAAAGUUCAAAAGAGAAGGAUUUUCUGAUACAGUUGGGUCUUUGGGCUAUGCUGCACCGGAGGUGGUGAUGUGUGCGCUAGAUCCCGCUUCCAAAAAUUACACUGAAAAAUGCGAUAUAUUCUCAGUUGGAGUGGUUUCCUACAUGUUACUAUCUGGAUUUUCCCCCUUUGAAGCCAGUACCCUGGACGACUUUGUGAACAAGGAAAUCCCUCGGGGAAUAAAAUUUCCAGCCAAGUACUGGGGAGAAGUUUCGGAGUCGGCUCGAGAAUUUGUGCUGAGCAUGCUGAAUACAGACCCCGAUAAGAGACCCAGUGCGACAGAGUUGCUGUGCCAUCCAUGGAUGUCGGCUGAUCUAGAUGACAUGGUGAAUCUUUUGCAGAAUAUAAGAGAAGGCUUCAAUGCUCGAAGGAAACUGCUACAGACGGUGGAAGUGGUGAAAUUACACAACCAGAUGAAGAAGUACCAUGAUUUGAAAGAUAAGGAUGCUGAAAAGGUCAAGAGCGACACCAAGGGUGAUUUGUUCGUUCAACUAGUGAAAGCAGCUGUUGAAAACCGCGAAACACUUGAUGCUCUCAACACAAUAACUCCCGCCAACUGA